GCGGGGCCUUGGAGUCCUGCGGCAGAGGCCGGCGAGCGGGUCGCUGCUGGGGCCGUCGUUUCCGCGCUGGCGGCUUCAUGACCUCUGCCUGGUUUAUUUCGUGUUCUGAGGAGAGUGUGAGAAGGAGCCAUGGAUCCUGCAGCAUUGGUAGAAGCCGUUAUGGAAGAAGUGGCCUGUCCCAUCUGCAUGACCUUCCUGAGGGAGCCCGUGAGCAUCGACUGUGGCCACAGCUUCUGCCACAGUUGUCUCUCUCGACUCUGGGGGGUCCCAGGAGAAUCUGAGAACUGUGGUUACACAUGUCCUCUCUGCCGGGCUGCUGUGCAGCCAAGGAACCUGCGGCCUAAUUGGCAGCUGGCCAGUGUUGUAGAAAAAGUCCGUCUGCUAGGGCUGCACCCAGGAAUGGGGUGGAAGGGGGAUGUGUGUGAGCUCCACAGGGAACAGCUGAAGGUGUUCUGCAAAGAGGAUGGCCUGAUCAUGUGUGAGGCCUGCAGCCGGUUCCCCGAGCAUGAGACCCACAGUGUCGUGCCCAUGGAGGAUGUCACCUGGGAGUAUAAGUGGAAACUGCAUGAGGCUCUGGAACAUCUGAGGAAGGAGCAAGAAGAGGCCUGGAAGCUGGAAGUUGGUGAGAGGAAACGAACUGCCAACUGGAAGAUACAGGUGGAAACCCGAAAGCAGAGUAUCAUGUGGGAGUUUGAGAAGUAUCGGCGAUUACUACAGAAAAACCAGCCACCAGGGCGGCGGCUGGAGGUAGAGGCAGCUGCAGCUCUGGCCAGCCUAGAGCAGGAGGAGGGGGAGACCAUGCGGAAACUGGAGAUGAAUCACAAUGAGCUCCUGCAGCAGAGCCGGGUCCUGUGGAGGAUGAUUGCGGAGCUGGAAGAGAGGUCUCAGAGGCCUGUCCGCUGGAUGCUGCAGGGUAUUCAGGAAGUCUUAAACAGGAGCAAGUCUUGGAGCCUGCAGCGGCCAGAACCAGUCUCCUUGGAACUGAAGACGGAUUGCCGUGUGCUGGGGCUAAGAGAGGUCCUGAAGACAUAUGCAGCUGACGUGCGCCUGGAUCCAGACACUGCUUAUUCCCGCCUCAUCGUGUCUGAGGACAGAAAAUGUGUGCGCUAUGGAGACACCAAGCAGAAAUUGCCAGACAAUCCUGAGCGAUUUUACCGCUACAACAUUGUUUUGGGCAGCCAGUGCAUCUCCUCAGGCUGCCACUACUGGGAGGUGGAGGUGGGAGACAGGUCUGAAUGGGGCCUGGGCGUGUGUAAGGAAAAUGUAGACCGGAAGGAGGUGGUCUAUUUAUCCCCCCACUAUGGAUUCUGGGUGAUAAGGCUGAGGAAGGGAAAUGAGUACCGGGCAGGCACUGAUGAAUACCCCCUCCUGUCCUUGCCAGUCCCUCCCCGCCGGGUGGGAGUCUUCCUGGAUUAUGAGGCCCAUGAUAUCUCCUUCUACAAUGUGACUGACAAUGGCUCCCACAUUUUUACUUUCCCCCACUAUCCCUUCCCUGGGCGCCUCCUACCCUAUUUUAGUCCUUGCUACAGCAUUGGUGCCAACAACACCGCUCCUCUGACCAUUUGCUCCCUGGAUGGGGACGACUGAGAGAGGCCCCAUCCUAGCCAGAGGCCUUGGAAUUUCACCUGGACUGCAGGAAUUUUGGAGAGCCCUGCCAAGGACAAGGGUCCCCUUGAACUGAGCUGAGCCUGGAAUCCAGGGAUUCCUCUGCCUGAACUACUGGUCUGUUGCCACUAGGCCAAAGUCUGUCUCUAACCACUCAUGUGGAAAUACUGAAGCUCAGCCAAAUAAGCAGUGCGCCUGUAUGAGGGAAACCUGGCAGGGCUGAUGGUGAAGAUCAGAGCGGGUCUGAGAAUCAGGACUCUGUCCUUUCUGUAGCUCAUGCCCCUCUUCCCCAUCCCUGUUGGUGCCAAGAUUAAGUCAGUGAUGAUGAUGAAGUAGAUCCAACGUUCAGGAAACCCUUUGGAUAGGAUUGAGCAACAAACCAAGAGAAUACUGUCCGUGUCCAGAGCUGGUUUCUGUGCUGAGACCAGUUAGAGGAUGCUUCACCUGAGGUUUGCUGCUUCUGAGCAACCCAAAACUGACCCCAGCUUUCUGACCUCCUAAUUUAGCAGCAUUGCCCCCACCAUCUCGGUUGCCAUCCCCAAUCUGAGCAAGAGCUGGGCAGAUUGCUCUCAAACUCUAAGGAGACCUGUGUCCUGGUCUUGCCCUUUUCUCUGAAUGUCAGGAUCAGAAACGCUGUGAGCCUUCUUAUUUUCACUUGACGGAUGAAGAAACUGAAAUGGCCUUCAUGCAGCAAGUUGUUUCUCACAAAGCUGCUGAAAGAAGAUUGUAAAGAUUAUAAAGUAUUUCUCAUAUUCAAAUGAAACAAGAUUGACAAACUCGCUUCUCAGGUCACAUGUCUGUAUGUCAUUCAUUACAUUUGGAUCUGAAACAUCCCACCUGUUUGAAAGAUUUUCAGGUGUCCUCAGUGGAAAAGUGGGUAUAGUAGCUGCAUACUCUCCUACCUCACAAGAUUGAAGUGAAGAUCUCAGUUCCAUCUGAUACUGUUGUUCCUUUCUCAGGGAUGGAGGAAGGCAAGCCAUAGAAUUUGCCUGUUUCACCUUCUGACAGCCAGCAUCUUGACAGCAGGGCCUUUGUUUCUUAGGGCCUCUCCUGACAGUAUAGAGCCCUUUAGACAGGUGCCCAUGCCAAUGACAAACGCCAGCCACAGUAAUAUAUUGUGCAUCUGUUAUAUGUGUUUGUCUUGGGAUUAGAAUGAGGAUAGUGACAUUAGGGUAGAGAAUGGAAAUAGUAAAGAGAAAAAUGUAUAACAAAUGCUCUACAAAGAUGGCUCAGCUACAAGCUGUUUAGGCUGCAAUUCAGGUCUUGUUAUAUCACAAAGGGAGUCUUCAUGGUUCUGGUGACUACAGAAUACUUCUCUAAAUCUAUGAGAGAAGGAGUAAAGCAGGAGGGAAGGGUGGGGAGAAGAAAUUGGACUAGGCACAAAACGCCAGUUUGGGGGCCAUAUAUUAUAUGCAAGGGAAUUAAGACUAUAUAUAUGGGCUUUUGAUGUUAAAGUGAUUGUUGUAUGUGGCAAAAAUAAUUCAUUACAGGACUGAAGUUUAUGACGUGGGGAUGAUUGUGGCUGGAAACAAACUGCAAGGCAAGCAUAUGAGAACUAAUGGCUUUGCCUAUUGCAAGGGCUGCAGUAUGUCCAUUACAUAUUGUCACCGUGAUGUUGUAACACAACCUCUGAGGUAGUUUACACUUGAAGGUAGUGACGGUGGGUUAGGAUUGGGCAGCAAAAUGGAUACAAGGUUAGGUAUAGGCAAAGGCAAAGUAAUUCCUAUAAUAAAGAUUACCAAAAAUCAUCUUUCUGCUUUCGUUGUGUUGGCUGUUCACAUAUGAAGGAGGUAAAAUGGGCCCAAAUGGAGAAAUAAACUCACUCUAUCCACCAUGCUUCUAGGUUGCUCCUUGACUGUUAGCAGUAGAAGGGGAGAAGUUUCCAUCAUCUGCUUGGAGGAGAAUGAAAUAGUCAGUCACAGACCAGGUCUUGCAAAGGGUUGAAAUGACCUACAUUAGAGGGACCAUGUGUGUUUGUGUGUGGGGACUCCCUGGGGAAUUGUUUAUAGAGUUGAGAAAUGGAUCUUGAGAAAGUGCUUCCAGUUAUGUCCAUGGACACUUAGCAGAAGAGGCUACAGGCCAAGUCAGUGUUAUUCUUUUACUGUGGUUUUAUUAGGACAAAUCUUGGAAGUUUCCUAGCAAAAGAUUAUUAGGUGAUAAAUUCAUUCAAACUUAGAAUGAAUUAAUGUCUGAAAUGGCUCCAUUUGUAACGUGUUAUUUAUUUAUUUAUUUUUACGUUUAUAAGCUGAUUUGGGUGCUAUGAUUACUUGUUAGAAGAAUUACAAGGUUAAACACGUUAUUUUAUAUUCUCUGAUUUGAAGACCAAGCAAGGAGACUAAAGUUCUUAAGUAUAUGAAAUCCUUUUUCUCUAGGGUAGUUGAUUACUCUUGCCUUCUAAGAACCCCAUGAAGACAAGGACCUUAUUCGUCUGGUUCACCAUUGUAGCCCCAGUCUAGUGUGUGUGUG